UGUGGUCACUGUCAGAAGUUGGCACCCAUUUGGGACAAACUGGAGGCCAAACUGUUGUCAUUACAGACAUCGCCGGUAAUCGUGGGUAAAGUGGACUGCACUGAAGAGCGGGAUCUCUGUUCGCGGGAAUCAGUGAUGGGUUUCCCGACUCUUAAGUUAUAUAAAUCUCACGAAACAAAUGGCAUUGAAUACGAAGGCGAGAGAAAUCUGUUGAGUUUAGAGACAUAUUUAAGGACACAAUUAGGCGAUCAGAUUGUGGACGGAGUGGUAGACGCCUCGGAAGAACAGGCAUCGGAUCCAGUGGUCGACACUCCCAAACCGGUCAACGGAAUGCAUGAACUCACGGAUGAGAAUAUCGAUGACUUUCUCAGCAAAGGUCGGCAUUUCGUGAAGUUCUUCGCCCCCUGGUGUGGGCACUGCCAACGUCUGGCCCCCACUUGGCACCAAUUGGCCCAAUCAUUUGAAUUUGAUACGUCGGUCAAGAUAUCUAAAGUCGACUGCACUGUGAAUGCCAUGUCGUGUAAGAACUUUGAGAUCAAAGGCUAUCCAACGCUGCUGUGGAUAGAGGACGGGAAGGUGACCGACAAAUAUUCAGGCAGUCGUUCUCACGAAGACUUAAAGCACUUCAUCACUGAGAAGAAGAGUGAAGACAACAGAGAGAAAGUGACGUUAAAUCUGAGUCUCGAUAACGAAGACUUCGGUCCCUUAAUGAUGACUGAAGAGAAUUUUGGCAAAAUUAUCAAAAAAGGAGUUACAUUUGUGAAAUACUGGGUUCCCUGGUGCUCCCAUUGCAAACAACUCAGGCCUAUUUGGCACCAUUUGUCCACUAAGUUCUUUGGUGUCAAAGACGUUACUAUAGCGAGUGUCGACUGCUCUCAACACGAGAGUCUUUGCAACAAAGAACAUAUCGAUGGUUAUCCAACACUAUUGUUAUAUAAAGACAAUGAAAAGUUUGGUGAAUAUGAGGGCAACAGAUAUUUGGACGAUAUCUACGAUUUUGUUACAAAACACUCGUCAGUGCCUGCGAAGGAUGAGCUCUAAAUCAAGUGAUCGCACACUUAAUGUUUGUUUAAAUUAUAAGUUUUUGCAAUUUAUAAGUAAAUUAAUUUACUUUAAAACCUAAUG